AUGGCCGCUGUCAGCUCAUCUUUGGUGGGUGACGACUGGAUCAAAGUCUAUGUCUCCGGCACGGCGACUACGGCCACAACAGACAAAACAGAUAAAGCAACCUCCGUGGCAACGGCGACUGCUUCGUCCGAUACGUCAAACAAAGGCUCAUCAACGAAUACUGCAGCUAUUGUUGGUGGUGUCGUCGGCGGAGUUGUGGGCGCAGGUGGUAUCGGUGCUGCAAUUUUCAUGCUCUGGAUGCUUCGAAAGAAGAAGAGAAAGCAAAAAAUGAAGAUGCUGGAGCCUCUCAGCCAGCAUUAG